AGGAACUUGUCCGGAUAUGAGCACAUGAUGAAUCGGAAAUCCGAAGUUAAAUCUUCUUUGGGCUCUAAGGGUCGCAAAACCCCGACCGAAGGGACGCCACAGUCAAAAUUUAAAGCUGGUACGCCAGAGUCAAAGGUUAAAGGUCGUCCUCGCGGACGUACUAAAUCGACGGAAGAAUCAGUUGUUACUGCCGGGGACCGGGUCAAUUUCUUUUCCUUCCUUCCUCCGUUUCUCGCACAGUCCGUAGCCUCAUAUGUUAAUGUGAGGGCCGAUGGAAAUUGUGGCUACCGGUGCAUUGCCGAAGUUGUUUACGGCAGUCAAGAGAGAUGGCCACAAGUCAGAACUGACUUGGUUGAGGAGUUUAUGGAGCGUUACAAUCUAUAUGCUACUAUUUACGGUGGGGAUGAGGGGGGUCGCAAUACAGUCGCUGAUUAUAUCUUGACAUGCAUUCAUGAGAGCGGACCGGCGCUACGGACGAAAUGGAUGUCAACAGAUAUGGGGUUGGCGAUCGCUACAAGAUACAACGCAAUGGUAUUAAUAUUCACUGAAUGGGGUAGCAUCACUUAUCUACCACUAGUUGGGAACCCCGCGUUAUCACGUAUUAUUCCUAUGUCGCUACAUAACGAUCAUUUUAUGAUCAUACGAGUACCGGUUUCAUGCCCUCUUCCUCGUCUCCAUCCUCAGUGGAGGUAUUUUGCAGCUCCCAAUUUACUACCUCUACGAGAUUUUUACGCGGAUCGACUUGCUUUUUGGACGACGUUGACUUCUAGGCAUAGGUAGUACUGUAUUAUUGUAAUUUUGUUGAACAAUUACUUGAUUUUGUAAAUUAAUAAUUGUUGAACUAUUAGUUGAGCGUGGAAAGUGACUUUGUAUCCCGCGCCAAACAAACCGCGGUUAUGUGGCAAGUUCGAUUCAAUUAUCGGGAAAG